ACUCUAUGAUUAUAUCUUCUUAGUUAUAUUAAUUUAACUAAUUUCCCUCCUAUUUAAUAUAUAAGCCCCACCCCAUUUGCCUUUUCUGAGCUCCUCAUUUGAACUUUGCUUCCAAUUUUAACCUCCUAAACAUAAAGGUAACGCAAUCUUCUUUUUCUCAGCUUCAGAUUUCCAUCUCCAUUUUAGCAUAUGAUGCUCAUUUGAUGUUUUGGGAUCUGGGAUUUUAUUUCUGAAGCUUGUUUUGCAAUUUCUGAAAAGAGGAAGCAACCAGUAAAAAUGGGUCGUGGAGUCAGUGCUGGUGGUGGACAGAGCUCUCUAGGUUACCUGUUUGGUGGUGGAGAGGCCACCUAUGCUGCCCAAGAUCCUAAGAAUCAUGCUCAGACUGCAAAUGAUAUGCCUUCUAAGAAGCCCUCUGUUGCUUCACAACCAACUGACAAGCAGAUUCCGGCAGGCAUUCAUGGAAAUCCUAAAAACAACUAUUUUCGAUCCGAAGGGCAGAACUGUGGCAACUUUCUCACUGAUCGUCCAACAACCAAAGUUCAUGCUGCCCCUGGUGGUGGAUCUUCCUUAGGGUACCUCUUUGGUGGUGGGAACUGAUUAUUUUGGUCCGUAGCCAUAAAAAAUUGAUGGGUUGCAUCGUUUGCUCAGCAUUGACACGUAAUAUUCGUAGUUUAGUAUCAUUCCAAUCCUUGGUUUAUGGCUGUGCUGGAGUCAUCUUUGUGCAGUGUAUUGUGUGAGCUUGGUGGGAGUUGUUAUCAUUGGCAUAGUUUUGAGUCAUGGAUUUUUUAUGUUACAUGUGUGCAAAUGCAAUAAUUCUUUGAAUGGUUUGUGUCUAAUGGCUAGUCUUUGUUCUAGUCUCUACUAAUAUACUCUGUUGUUUGGCUUGCAAAUGACACUGUAAACCAAAGUGUAUUUAUAUGAUCUGAAAGAGCUUUUAGUAUU